GAGUGUUUGUCAAAGGCAGAGGAACAUGAGCGCCAAAUGAUUCAGUACAAUAGGGAAGCAAGAGAUAUUGUCUUCAAAGUUAAUAAUACUUUUAGGGCAUCUAAUGAGUUGGAUUUACAUGGCCUCAAGGUUAAAGAAGCACUGGAGGUUGUGUCUGACCGAAUAAAAGCGUUUACCAAGGACAACGAGAAGAAGCUGAUUAUUAUUGUGGGUAGAGGAAGAAAUUCAUGGGAUGGUGUUCCCAAGCUAAGGCCAGCAGUCAAUGAACUAUUGAAAAAGUACAAUGUCAAGGCUACACGCAAUAAACCGAAUGAUGGAUGUAUCCUCGUCCAG